UCGGAAUCAGUCGCUUAUUAGACAUUCAACAGAGAACAGCUCUGGUAUCACAUUUAUUAAACAUGGCACCCGUCAUUAAAACCGAACAUAACUUUGAAGAAGAACCAAUGUCCAGGACGGAUCAGUACAGGAAGGUGAUGAAACCUCUCCUAGAGAGAAAGAGAAGAGCACGGAUUAAUGCAUGUCUUGAUGAACUCAAGGAUCUCAUGGUGUUCGCUCUGCAGACAGAGGGAGAAAGCAUCUCCAAGCUGGAGAAAGCUGACGUGUUGGAGUUGACUGUGAGACACUUGAGGAAGCUGAAGAGACAGCAGAUGUUGGCCUUGAACCCUGGACUUGAUCUGGAUAGAUUCCAUGCAGGAUAUACUGCCUGUGCUACUGAAGUAAGCAAAUGUCUUGCUUCUACCGGAGUAGAUAUUACAGUUGGAUCUCGUCUUAUGUCUCAUCUUGGUCAUAAACUAAACACAAUAGAAACCUCAAGAGUUUCUCCUUUGAGAGUAAGAGUUCCAUCCUCUCCCUCAUCAGACUGUGGAUACUCUUCAGGAAGAGAUUCAUCUCCUUCUCCGAGCAGUAUUAUUUCUCCUGUUUCCGGACUUUUACAGAUCAGUCCUUCCAUCAAACCUGAACCUCAGCUCAGCCCUGUCUGGAGACCAUUCUAAACCUUAAUUAGAAGUUUCAUUUUUCCAACCUUCCCCAUCUGUGAUAGUUUAUCAACAUAAAGUACAAGAAUAUAUAAAAAUAAAUAUAACUUUAUUGAUCUCAAA